AUGAAAGCACCAGAAUCCGCUAUUGAUACGUGUUUGUACGGUUCCGUUGUGGGGAUGGAUAAGCUAUUGGCACUGCGUUCGCAUGACAAUCAGUCUUCAGACUCAAAUUCGAUGUUUAAGCACUUAAUUUGCGACGAGUGCGAGCAAAAAACGGCUCAAGUGACAUGCGACGACUGUGGUCUAGUGUAUUGCAGUCAAUGCGACGUCCACAGACAUCGUAAAGGAAAAUUGCUAUUACAUCAACGAGUGAGAAUCUUUACAUUACAAACUGAAAGGCCAGAAAUUGACACGACGCAAGAAGCUGAAACCUUCACUGUUACCUGGAAAAAUGACGACGUGUGCAAAUGGUUGAACGCUCACGAUUUAACCCUUUUUGUCGAAGAAGCACAAGUCCAGCAACUUACAGGAGUGACUUUGUUAUCUCCGAAGAGCUUGGAGAAGUUUCUUGAUGCAUCAGGAGUCAGUCGUAGCCAUAAAAAAAAGCUACAAAGAGAGGUGCAAAAGCUGACAAGUUCGAUACUGGAGCAGAAAGUAAUCUCGGCUACGACACCUUCGCCUCCAGUGAAAAAGAUGAGCACUUUACACCAAAGUGGUGGCUUUAAUCUGCAUGUUGAUGUUGAUUCUGGGGGAGCAAAGUCUUUUCCUCGACGUGGAGCGAGGUUGAAGCCGUUGGGAUUGAGUCAGUUGACAAUUGAAGUGAGCGAUGGCGACCGGGAGAUUAAAUCAGCCCCAAAACGAAGCCGACAAAACGUGGAAUCACUUGGAUUGGAUAUUGCUUUAGUCAAAAAGGAAGAAAAGACAAUGGCGGCAUCAUUUGAUUUCUCGGCAACUGGUCGACUUCAGACGCAAGGCUUUGAAAUUGACACACGGGGAAUUACGAAUGCUCCAUUUUUAACUUCACCGCAGCAUCCAGUCAGGGAGAGACACCAUUCGUCUGCAAAAGAUUUGAUAGGUACCAAGGAUUAUCUGGUGCUAUUGGAAGAAUUAGGGCAUGGAGCUGGUGGAAAGGUCUACAAAGCGUUGUAUAUGCCAACAUUUCGACUUGUCGCAGUGAAGGUUAUCCGCGUUUACGACCAGCAAAAGCGACAUCAAAUGGUGCGUGAACUUAAGUCAUUGUACGUUAAUUUCGUUCCAUUAGCCACAGCCACGUUUUCGUCAACUUCUGUGGAAACAAAACAAGCUGCAUGCGAAGAACUGGUGGUGUUUUACGAUGCGUACACAAAUCCUGAAACUGGUUCAGUAUCAAUUGUUCUUGAGUAUAUGGAUGGUGGAUCAUUAGAAGACUAUUUGCAGUCUAUCAAUGAAGAAGUGCAAGGUAAAAGUGAUGGUUUAAGUGAGAGAGAGAUUGCGAAUGUAGCAGCGCGUGGCUUAAAAGGACUAGCCUUUUUACACGAACAUCAUCAGUUACACCGUGACAUCAAGCUAAGCAACAUGCUGAUCAAUCAUAAAGGACAAGUUAAGAUUUCAGACUUCGGUAUCUCUCGUGACCUUGAGAGCACUUUGGCGAAAGCAACAACAUUCACGGGCACGUUAUUAUACAUGGCACCGGAGCGUAUCAGUGGGGGAAUGUAUUCGUAUCCAUCUGAUGUUUGGUCCUUUGGCCUCGCAAUAAUGGCAUGUGCCGUCGGUAAACUCCCAGUAACCACUAAAGAUGGUUACUGGGGUGUCGUUCAUGCUGUUCAAGAACAGCCAUCACCGCGACUUCAGGACUUUGGUGACCAAUUUUCUUCAGAAUUGUGUGACUUUUUGGACCAGUGUUUGCAAAAAAAUCCAAUGCUGCGACCUCCUGCUUCCCAUCUACUUCAACAUCCUUUCAUAUUAAAAAAUUAUACACCAACGAAGCAAGCAAACAUUCAAGUGAGUCGAGAGCUGCAUCCACCAUCGUCAAAAGCAAACGAGUGUAGUCGCAAUCAAGUGCGACUUAUUGCUGAGAAAGUCAAAAGUUGGUGUCGUGACCACAGUGACGCCUUACGUAAAGCUGCAUCUAUCCAUGACGCAAUCGAAACACAAAAUACGUCUUGUCUUAGCAGAAUUGAAGCAUUAGCUAGCCAAUUGCGUUUAUCAGUGGAUGAUGUGGCGCCUCACUUUGAAUUUCUGGCUGAGUUCGAAUGA